CUUUAAAAACACAGUUAUCUACACUCACUCCUUCAACUUUGCUCCCCCACUCUUUCCUCCUCAAUUCCAUCAACCACCCUACACACCACCAUGUAUCAGGGGGAAGAGCCACCCCAUCAUCACCACCUCCCUAAAAUGGAGGACGACGAUGACGACGGUGAUGAUGAUGACCACCACCACUACCACGACAACGACGACGAAUAUGAUGAUCAUCCCCAAACACCUACUAAAGUAGUCCACCAACAACCACCUGCCACUCCACAACAACCUCUUCAACCCCCAAAGCCUUUAUUCUCUCCACUUCCUCGCCCUCCUUCCAAAAAACGCUCCACCCCUACUGCAACCCCUUCGCCGCGCCCUCAACAACCACCACCUCAAGUUAUAGUCCCACCGCAACAACCACCACCUCAAGUGAUAGUCCAACCCCAACAACCUUUACAACCACCUCAACCUCUCUUCCUUCCAAGCUCCCCCCCUCAGAAACCCCGCGGCCCACCCCAGUACCGCCACAACGACGACGAUGAUGACGACGACAAUAACGACAGUAGACGUCAAGUGAUUUGUGCAGUGAUCACAACCCUCCUACUCCUUCUAGGCCUCACCGCCUUAAUCCUAUGGCUCCUCUACCGCCCAUCAAAACCCCAGUUCACUGCCAUCUCCGCCGCCGUGUUCCUCCUCAACACCACCUCACCGCCGACCUUCGUCAUCACUUCUUUCCAAAUCACCGUCCUCACCCGUAACCCUAGCAAACGAACUUCCUUCCACUACGACCGCCUCACAGUAGCUGUUCACUACCGUAACCACCCCAUCACACCGCCGGCUCCCCUCCCUCCACUUCACCAACGUAAGCGGAGCACCGUGAUGAUGUCUCCGCUUGUUGGUGGUGGUGCAGCGGUGGCUGUGCCACCAGAAGUGGUGGAGGGGUUGGCAGCGGACGCGGCGUACGGGGUGGUAGGGUUGAGUUGGGUGUUGAAGGGGAGAGUGAAGUACAAAGCAGGGUUGUACAAGAGUGGACAUAAUAGGGUUUAUGUAAGAUGUGAUGUAAUGGUAGGGUUUAAGAAUGGUGAUGGUAGUAAUCUCAAUUCUCAAGUGCCUUUGCUUGGUAAUCCUCCUUGUUUAGUUGAUGUUUGACCAUUCAUUUUCUAUUUGUGGAUGCUUAAUUAUGUCAAAGUUAUGAGUUAUGUAAUUAGCAUUACUCCUAUAUUUCACUACAUAUAUGAUAUAUGCAUAUGUAAUUAGUAGUUCUUGGCUAAGUUUCAAUAUGCAACAAAUUGUAAAGGAAGAUGUUGUAUUAAUUAAUUGUCUCUAUUCAUCAAGUUGUGAAUGGAAUUUGCGA